CCCCCCCCGCCAGCGCCCCCGUGCCCAUGUACGUGGCGGGGGGGCAGAUCCUGGGGACCCCCCCCGCCCCCAGCCAGGGCGGCUCCGGGACCCCCGGCGGAGGCACCUACGUUAUCCAGGGGGGGUACAUGGGGGGCGGCGGCGCCGCCUACGCUCACACCACCCGCGCCUCCCCCGCCACGGUGCAGUGGCUGCUGGACAACUACGAGACGGCCGAGGGGGUGAGUUUGCCCCGCAGCGCCCUGUACUGCCACUACCUGCUGCACUGCCAGGGCCACAAGCUGGAGCCCGUCAACGCCGCCUCCUUCGGGAAGCUCAUCCGCUCCGUGUUCAUGGGGCUGCGCACGCGGCGCCUCGGCACCAGGGGUAACUCCAAGUACCACUACUACGGGCUGCGCAUCAAGGCGGGGUCGCCGCUGCUGCGGCUCGUGGAGGACCAGCAGCACCUGGCCAUGCGGCAGCAGCCCUUCGCCCAGAAACAACGCCUCAAACCCGUGCAGAAGGUGGAGGGAGGGGUCACCAACGGGGUGUCGUCGGGGCCGGCCCCCCCUGGCGUCCCCGACAUCAGCGCCCAGGUGCAGCAGUACCAGCAGUUCCUGGAUGCUUCCCGCACGCUGCCGGAGUUCCCCGAGAUCGACCUGCAGGGGAAGGGGCUCCCCGAGGGCGCAGGGGCCGAGGACCUGCGCAUUUUCCAGCAGCUCUACCGGGAGCACUGCGAGGCCAUCGUGGAUGUGAUGAUCAACCUCCAGUUCUCGCUGGUGGAGACGCUCUGGAAAAGCUUCUGGCGCUGUAGCGGCGAGACCGAUGCGCAGGAGGAGGUGGAGCGGCGCCUGCCCCGGCGGCGGCUGCUGCUGCUGGCCCGGCACGAGCCCGUCCUGCGCUGGGUGCGCGACUGCGACCACGCCCUGUACCAGGGGCUGGUGGAGAUCCUGGUGCCCGACGUGCUGCGCCCCAUCCCCAGUGCCUUGACCCAGGCGAUCCGGAACUUUGCCAAGAGCCUGGAGAGCUGGUUGGGGAACGCCAUGGUCAGCAUGCCCGAGGAGAUGGUCCGAGUCAAGGCAGCAGCGGCCGGGGCGUUCGCGCAGACCCUGCGGCGCUACACGUCCCUGAACCACCUGGCGCAGGCGGCCCGGGCCGUGCUGCAGAACACGGCCCAGAUCAGCCAAAUGCUCAGCGACCUCAACCGCGUCGACUUCGCCAACGUCCAGGAGCAGGCGGCCUGGGUGUGUCGCUGCGAGGCGCGGGUGGUGCAGCGCCUGGAGCAGGAUUUCAAGGCCACGCUGGGGCAGCAGCACUCGCUGGAGCAGUGGGCGGCCUGGCUGGACGCCGUGGUGGGCCGUGUCCUGCGCCCGCACCUGGGCACCCCCGGGCUGCCCCGCGCCGCCAAGCUCUUCCUGCUCAAGUGGUCCUUCUACAGCUCGAUGGUGAUCCGGGACCUGACCCUGCGAAGCGCCGCCAGUUUCGGCUCGUUCCACCUGAUCCGGCUGCUGUACGACGAGUACAUGUACUACCUGGUGGAGCAGCGCGUGGCGCGGGCCCGGGGCACCUGCCCCAUCGCCGUCAUGGGCGAGUUUGCCAACCUGACCAGCUCCCUGAACUCGCAGGACCCUGACAAAGACGAGGAGGAGGAGGAGGAGGAGGAGAGUGACGAGGAGCUGCCGGCAGAGCUGGGGCUGGCGGGGGGCGAGGGCCCCCCCGAUGCCCUGGAGCCCCCCCUGGAGCCCCCGCUGGAGCCUCCCCCGGCCAAGCUGCCCCGGGCCGACCCCCGCGGGCUCUUCGUGCAGGCCCUGCCCUCGAGCUGAGCCCCCCCGCGCCCCCCCGGGGGGGACAAUGUGCCUUAAGCGACGCCGGGACCGUGCCAAA